AAAAGAAUUGCGUGCAGACUAUAUUCAUACUUUUCUUUUACGUUUUUACUGUUGUUUGCUUCUAAUCUUCUCUGCUAGUCUUAAUAGGUGUACUGAAACUGCUUGUAAUGUUCGUUGGGGAUUAGAUGAAAACGAAGAAUAUGAUUAGUCAAACAUUCAAAAAUAAUCCAAAUCAUCUUCUGCUAAGAAGGUCCUAAGGAGGGUUAAGAAGCAUUGUGCAACUAUGGCAAUAGGUUUGGAAACAAACCUGGAAAACUCUUUGAGGGAACAGAUUUUGCUGGCUAGAUGCAUUGCUGGUAAAAAACCAGAAAUGAUCAUUGUUCACGCUGUCCAUGAGAGGAAAAUCGUGUUCAAAAGGAGGAGAAAUUCUUUUAUAGAAAUUUCCUCAUUUCACUCAGAUUUUUCAGGCUUCAAAUUGAAUUCAGGGCCUAAUUUUUAUCUUGACGAGAACCAUGCUUGUUCAAGAGAAACUGAAGCAGAAACCAAAUCCAGUACAGUUCAAAGCUUUGAAGAUGUUUCAAGAAAUGAUAAUACUGGAAAUGGAUACGAUGAGAAAGUUCCUCUGAAAUCGAUUUCUAUAAUAAGAAGACAGCUUCCAGAAUCAAUUCUUGGUUGGCCUCUUCGUCCAAGAACCAUUUCUCUGGGUGAGGAUGCUUCGCGAAGGUCAAAAGCAAGAAGUAUGUCUAUUACAGAAUGGGUCAUGAAUCUACCUACUCGAUCAUGUGACACAAUAAUGCAAAAACAAAGUGAUUCAAAUUCCGAGGAAACCAAUAUAACCUUGGAUCUUAAAACAGAAGAUUAUAUUGUAAAUGAUGGGCAAAAUAGUUUCCAAGUGAUUAAUUCCUAUGGAAAUGAAUCAGUCGACAGAAGCAGCAAUAGAGAAGAUGAAGAGUCAGGUCUCAUGCAGGAAAUACUUUCAGAAGAAUCAACACAAUUAAGACUUGGUUGGCCUCUCCUCCGGGUAAAGACUUCAGCAACUUCAGAUUCUUUGGGAGAAUCUGAGGCUAGCAAAAUGCGCAUUGCUAAUUGUCAAUCAACAGAAGCUACUCCAAAAUCCCCUAUAGAUUUGCCUUUCAAAGAAGUGCAAUCUUCUCCUGAAAAACAAAUACGUUUGGCAGCACCAAGGGAGCAGCCAAUGAAGGAGGAGCUUGUCCUCAAAUUGAAGUCAUCUGGCUGCAAGCAAUUUAGAUAUGAGGAGCUCAAGAGAGCAACUCAUAAAUUCUCCACAGAAAACUUGAUUGGAGAGGGAGGAUGUAGCGAUGUAUAUAAAGGACGCCUUGGCUUAGGCAAGCUAGUGGCAGUAAAGGUUCUAAAACAAUACAAAGAAGCAUGGAAUGACUUCUUCUUGGAAGUAGACAUAAUGUCCUCAUUAAAGCACAAGCACAUUACACAUUUGAUCGGUGUAUGCAUCGACGAUAACCAUCUAAUUUUGGUCUAUGAUUUCUUGUCCAAAGGGACCUUAGAGGAAAGGUUACAAGGUCAAAGUGAGAAGUCUAUAUUGCCAUGGAAAGUGAGAUUCAAAGUGGCAAUUGCAGUUGCUGAGGCUCUACAUUACCUGCAUAGUUCUUGCUUGGUUAUUCACAGAGAUGUGAAGUCCUCUAACAUUUUGCUGUCCAGUGACUUUCAGCCACAGCUAUCCGAUUUUGGCUGUGCUACCUGGAAUCUCAAAGCUGCAGGAUACACUAUUAGCAAUGAUAUUGUUGGAACUUUUGGGUAUAUAGCUCCAGAAUAUUUUAUGCAUGGAAGGGUCAGUGACAAAACUGAUAUAUACUCCUUUGGUAUAGUUCUUCUUGAAUUGUUAACAGGAAAGAAGCCAAUCAGUUCCAACAGUUCAAAAGGACAGGAAAGCUUGGUCAAGUGGGCAAUGCCAUUACUAGAGAGUGGGAAUUUAGAAGCAUUAGUGGAUCCAAAGUUAGGCGAAGAAUUUGACAUUGCUCAAAUGGAAAGAACGGUUCUAGCAGCAACCCUAUGCAUCAAACAGUUGCCAAGAUUACGCCCAAAAGCAAGCCAGAUAUUAAAGCUGUUAAGGGAAGAGAAAAUAGAAGAAUGGAUGAAUUACUAUGUUAAUGAUCUACCAGAGUCAAGUUAUGAGGAAUUUGAUGACAUUCACCCUGCAAUUGUUAACAGGCCAAGCUCAGAUUUGUCAGUUCUGGUUUCGGAUGAUGAUGCUUCUUCACUAAAUAUUCUUGGUGAUACAAAAUCAGUAACAAGUAUAGAACAAAGCCAACGUUUUAGAUUGAAGGACUACUUGAAAGUCCGACAAGAUUAAUCAUCAUUUUGAUUUUUUCUUAAUAUUUGUUUCAAGGAAACCAACAAGUGAACAAGAUUAAAUUCGUUGAUUGUAAAUAGUAUAGUUUUCGUCGAAGAGUUACAAAAACUCAAGAAGUGAGUAAAGCUGGACUCUGCUCUAUCUGCUUCUACAAUCAUGAAUACGCAUUCUUCAUAUGCCAAGUGUGAUUUUGCA